ACAGGCAUCUUCCCCACUGCGUUCAAGCAGGCUCGGGUAACCCCACUGCUCAAAAAACCUACAUUAAACACUUCUCUUAUAGAAAACUAUAGACCUGUCUCUCUCCUUCCAUUCAUAGCGAAAACACUUGAACGUGUUGUCUUCAACCAGGUCUCAUUGUUUCUUUCACAGAACAACAAACUGGACGCUAAACAGUCAGGUUUCAGGAGUGGCCAUUCAACUGAGACUGCACUUCUCUCGGUCACUGAAGCCCUGCGAAUUGCAAAAGCCCAUUCCAAAUCAUCAGUCCUCAUUCUGCUGGAUCUAUCUGCCGCGUUUGACACUGUCAAUCAUCAAAUACUCCUCUCCACUCUCUCAUCACUUGGGAUCGCUGGAAUUCCACUUCGCUGGUUUGAAUCCUAUCUCACUGAUGAUCCAACGGUAGCUGCAAGGAUCUCAGGUUGCCUGGCGGACAUCUCGGCAUGGAUGAAAGAACAUCACCUCCAGCUCAACCUGGCAAAGACUGAGCUUCUUGUCUUCCCUGCUGCUCCAACUCUACAGCAUAACAUCACGAUCCAGUUAGGUUCAUCAACAAUUACCCCAUCAACUUCGGUCAGAAAUCUUGGUGUAAUCUUUGAUGACCAGCUGACCUUCAAAGACCACAUUGCAAAGACUGCUCGAUCUUGCAGGUUUGCACUACACAACAUCAGAAAGAUCAGGCCCUUUCUGACGGAGCAUGCUGCACAACUUCUUGUCCAGGCCCUUGUCAUUUCUAGGCUGGACUACUGCAAUGCUCUUCUGGCUGGACUUCCAUCAAACACAGUCAAACCUCUACAAAUGAUUCAGAAUGCGGCGGCACGACUGGUCUUCAAGGAACCCAAAAGAGCCCAUGUUACACCUCUCUUUAUCUCAUUGCAUUGGCUACCAAUCGCAGCUCGCAUCAAGUUCAAGACACUGAUGCUUGCUCAUAGAACAACCACAGGCUCAGCACCCGCCUACAUGCACUCACUAUUAAGAAUCUACAUCCCCUCCAGAAGUCUGAGAUCUGCUAGUGAGCGACGCCUCGUGGUACCAUCACAAAGAGGCUCAAAAUCACUCUCCAGAACAUUCUUGUUCACCAUUCAUGGCUGGUGGAAUGAUCUUCCCACCCAUAUUCGGAGUACUGGAUCCCUGUCAAUCUUCAAGCAACAGCUGAAAACUCAUCUCUUUCGACACUACUUGACUUCAACCUACACAUAAAAAAAAAAAAAAACUCUUUCUCCUUAUUUAUUCCUUCCCUU